UGGAAAACUAACAAGCAAGGACAAUAGAGGCUCCAUUGCUUCCAACAACACAAGUGUUGGCGUGCAAAUUGUCAACCACAAACCAAAUAACUAGCACCAAUAGAAAAACCGAUACACUUUCGUGAAAGAUCAGUUGGGUGUCUUCUUCUUCCCAACGGUAUGGCAGGAACCCAGUUCUCUAAAGCUUAUUGGCAAGCCCAAUCUUGAGGAUGACCUUGCUGUAAUCCAAUUCAACCGUUAUAAAAGCAAGCUCAUGUUUUUCCGUCAAUGAUUUAAGGUUAAACCACAUCUGGGUUUACUGCCUGUAAAGAAAAAAGUUCCUAUGGCUUGGUCAUUGUCGAUGCUGAAAACUAUAAAGGCCAGAUAAACUUAAAGGCAUGGCCCACACAGGUUAAGGGUUGGCUUGUGGGAGUUAUCGACGAUUUAGGGCGCAUGAUAAUAGGGGCGAUGGAGGAGCUUGGGGGUUCAAAAAGAAAACCUCUAGGAAGAAAGAAAGAGUUGUUGAUGCCCUUAUGCAAGCUCUUCCUAAAUUUAUUAAUAAUUUUCAAUACAAAUUUUUUAAAAAUUUCUAACAAUUUUUUAAAUUAAUGAUUUUUAUGAUGCAAGAUAGGUAGCAAUUUAUGAUGACGGAUUAUUUUAAUUGGUUUUUUUAACGGCCAAAAGAUUGAUACGAUAAUAUUUAAUAUCACUGGGGAUUGAAUUGAGAACGUCAAAUAAUCUUAAGAGCUAAAAUGUGCCAGAAAAUUUUUAGACUAAAAUGUAAAAAUUAUAUACUUUAAGGACUAAAGCGUGGAUUAAGUCUUAAAGAAUUAUAAUUAAAUGGCCCAUCAAAUCAAAUAGGAGGGAUGUGAAACUGAAAAUCGGCGAACUUAAUAAUCGAAUCUUAGAGAUCAAAUUCAGUUUCAAUCAGCUAAGGCAGUUAUAACUGAAUUUUGCUUACAGUUGGCUACUCAUUCGUGACUUCGGGUUUCGUUCUACCUCCCGUCAUGGCCGAAGUCAUAAACAUGCCGGUCGAUUCCUUCGACCGCCGUCGCGGUGGCGACCGUAAAGACAACAAUAAUAACAAUAAACAGCUUCCGUCGUCUGACGAUCCCAACUCCUCUGCCCCAUCGCCGCCUCCACCUCGACGCCGCGAUCGGGACUCGCGUGAGAGACGGGACCGCGACUACUACGAUCGCAACCGCUCUCCUCCGCCUCCGCCUCCGCCUCCCAGAGAGAGAGAUUACAAGAGGCGCAGUAGCAUUAGCCCCCCGCCACCGCCGUUGAGUUAUAGGGAUAGAAGACACUCGCCUCCGCCGCGGAGGUCGCCCCCUCAUAAGAGGUCUAGGCGUGAGGAUGGAGGAUACGAAGGGAGAAGAGGGAGCCCUAGAGGAAGAUUUGGACCUGGAGAUAGAAGGUUUGGGCAUGACUAUGGUGGUGGAUAUGAUCGUGAGAUGAUGGGAAGGCCUGGUUACCCUGAAGAAAGGCCUCAUGGCUGGUACUCAGGUCGCUCUUCUGGUGGCUAUCAAGAUUGUGAUUCUGGCCUUGGUGGUUAUAGUGAUGCUUCCAAUUCAAGGAGUACUCAAAGAGAAGGAUUGAUGUCAUACAAGCAAUUCAUUCAAGAGCUUGAGGAUGAUAUACUACCAGCUGAAGCUGAGCGUAGGUACCAAGAAUACAAGUCAGAGUAUAUAUCAACCCAAAAACAAGCAUUUUUUGAUGCUCACAAAGACGAGGAAUGGUUGAGAGACAAAUAUCAUCCAACAAACUUGGUCACUGUUAUUGAAAGGAGGAACGAACUUGUAUGCAGAGUUGCAAAGGACUUUUUGCUUGAUCUGCAGAGUGGAACACUGGACUUAAAUCCUGGUGUAAAUCCCUUGUCAUCAAGUAAAUCAGGCCAAACUAGUGAUCCUAUUUCCGAAGAUGAAACUGACAUCGGUGACAAAAGAAGGCGGCAUGGUAAGGAACCUGCAAAAGAAACUGAUAUACUUUCUGUUGCUCCUAAGGCUCACCCGAUCAGUUCUGAUCCCAGAAGAAUUCAUAUUGACAUUGAACAAGCACAGGGCCUUGUACGAAAACUGGAUUCUGAAAAAGGAAUUGAGGAAAACAUAUUAAGGGGGUUCGACAAUGACAAAGUAAAUAGAGAUAAAUCUCGUGGUAGUUUGACUGGUCCGGUGGUUAUUAUACGUGGCUCGAAUUCUGUGAAAGGCCUGGAGGGUGUUGAGCUUCUUGAUACUCUUAUAACUUACUUGUGGCGUGUCCAUGGUUUGGAUUAUUAUGGAAUGAUUGAAACAAGUGAAGCUAAGGGUCUUAGGCAUGUGAGACCAGAGGGAAAGAGUUCUGAUGUUACUAAUAGCGGAUCUGAGUGGGAAAAGAAAUUUGACUCACGCUGGCAAGAGAGAUUGAGGGGUCAAGAUCCUUUGGAAUUAAUGACUGCCAAAGACAAAAUAGAAGCUGCUGCUGUUGAAGCUUUGAAUCCUUUUGUCCGUAAGAUUAGGGAUGAAAAGUAUGGUUGGAAGUAUGGAUGUGGUGCUAAGGGUUGCACAAAGCUCUUCCAUGCUGCAGAAUUCGUGCACAAGCAUCUUAAACUUAAACAUCCAGAGCUUGUGAUGGAGCUAACGUCUAAAGUUCGUGAAGAGCUUUAUUACCAAAAUUACAUGAAUGAUCCAGAUGCACCUGGGGGGACACCUGUUAUGCAGCAAUCUCUACCGAAGGACAAGCCCCCAAGACGUAGAAUGCUAGAAAAUCGCUUGAAAGAUGAACGUGGCUUUCGUAGAGGACGUGAUAAUCGAGCAAAUGGUAGCGAUAGAUAUGAUAGAUCUGAGAACCCUCAAUCAAGUGAAUUUCCAUCCAACAAGGAUGGUGCUGAUGAGGGCAAUCGUGAUGAUCCAAUGUUUGAUGCUUUUGGUGGUCAAGGGAUGCAUGUUGCAGCUCCAUUUUCUUCAGAUAUUGCACCUCCGCCAGUAUUGAUGCCUGUUCCUGGUGCUGGUCCUUUGGGCCCCUUUGUUCCAGCUCCACCUGAACUUGCAAUGCAGGUCUUCAGAGAGCGGGGUGGUCCUUCUUACGAAGGCAAUACUAGAGGGGGACGUCCUGGACCUAAUUUAAGUGGACCAGCCCCCUUUCUUUUGCCUCCUGGCUUUCAACAGGAUCCUCGUCGUUUAAGAAGUUAUCAAGACCUAGAUGCACCUGAGGAUGAAGUCACCGUUAUAGACUACAGGAGCUUAUAGGUAUUAGAAAUGUAGGUACAUUGGCAAAGACUAAAAUCUAUCCUACUGAGGCAGAAAGCUAUUCAUCAAGCAGUCCAAGGUCAAAAUGCUGUUAUUUUUUGAUUAUCUAACUAGAAAAGCAUCGACCUUAUUCGAUUUUGUUAAAACAUGAAAAAUUCUUAAAUCUUGCUAUAAGCAUGCUAGCUGUUUACCUUUGUAAUUAAGAGUAUUCUGAUGUUGUGAUUUAACCAAGUAGUGUGUCGUUUGCUGGGAACUGUCUUCUGUUAUUCUUGUCCUAGUUAACCCACCUGACAAGAGAUUUUUAUGAACAUGGGAUGGGGCAUACAUGGUUAAAAAAAUCUGUAACAUGGACUUUUGAGUGGAUAGACUUUUCAUAUAGUUGGUACUUUGUUUUGACCAUCAACCGGCAGUGGUGGAGGAUUAAGUUAGGAUCUCCAAUCAAUGAAAGAUGGCUUGCCAUCAACAGAGAAAGGAAGCUACUCAUCCCAACAUCAAAGCCCUCAUUCCCUUCGCUUCUUUGAUGUUUAAAGUCUCUGCUUGUGGUUCAGCCUUGGAAAUUCCAGAGCUUUACAAAAUUGGAAGUUGGAUGAACAGGGAAAAACACGAUUCAAUAAAUGAUAAGGCUUUUAGAGUUCCCUUUUGUUUUUGUUCUUAGGUGGAACAAUAUAAUCUCAUUUUCAGCUAUGGUAAAGAUUAGAACUACUGGGAUAGUGUGCUCCUAUAUACAUGUAUGUAUGUAUGUAUGUAUGUAGAUUGACAGGUGAAUUUUAACAAGCAAUAUUCAAAUGGGGUGACUGAAAAUGACUUUUUCCACCCUUAAAUUUCAAAGCAA